UAAGAACCUAAACAGCAUUAGCUACCACUACUACUACUACUACUACUACUACUACUACUACUACUACUACUACUGCUACAACCAUGAGGACUCAGGUCACUGCAAUCACUGUGAUGUUGGCAAUGGUUGGAUGUAUGGGGGAGAAUUUCCAUCCCGUCCCCUCCUACCAGCCCCCGGCCCCUCCUACCAGCCCCCCGUCCCCUCCUACCAGCCCCCAGCCCCGUCCUACCACGAGCCAGCCAAGGGCAUGCCGUACAACUUCGCCUACGGAGUGAAGGAUGACUACACUGGAACGGACUUCGCACAGGAGGAAAACAGUGACGGUAACACAGUGCAGGGGUCCUACAGUGUGCAGCUCCCUGACGGACGCAAGCAGACGGUACAGUACACAGCCGACCACUACAACGGGUACCAGGCCCAGGUGGGGUACUACGGGGAGGCCCAGUACCCCAGUGACUAUGGUACACCCGUUACUUACAGACCAGCUGGUUACGGUCACCAACAGCCUUCCUACCCACCACCUCCCGUCUACCAGCCCGAACCUACUUACCUCUAAAGGAAGUUUUGAGUCCUACAGGAAACUUGAAGGAUCUUAAAUGUUGAUGGUUUGAGUUUCUUCUUUUUUUUUUUUGUAGAUUUAGUUUGCUUUAUCUUUUGAGUUGAGAUGAGCAUGUGAAAAUUAAGUGUCUGUCUAAUUAGGGUGAUUGAUUUAACUAUUACCGCGAAAAUUGGGUGAAAAAGUAGAUGGAUUGAUGAAAAGUGUUAUAAAUUGAUGAGUUGACGAGAUUAUCACCUCUCAUCAACUGUCCUGCCUGCUAAUUGAUGACAUAAACAGCCCAAUCAUCAAUUAAGUGCUAUGACAACGUAAAAUUAAUGAAAAAAGUUGAUUUGGUGAAAACUGCCCCAUUAUUCCAAAAAAUAUCAGUAAUUAAUGUUUUUUCCGCUAAUUAUUUCACUGUUAAUUGUCGUCAGCAGUGGAUUAAUUAGAGGAUUAAUUAAUGAAUGGGUUGAUGGAUUAAUGGGUAACUGUGAAAAACUCUUGCCUUUGUUUGUUUGUUUGUUUGUUUGUUUGUUUGCCAAUUAUUUGUUGUUUGCUCAAUUACAUUCAUAGCUGUUCUUUCCUUAUUUGUUUGUUUACUUGUUUGUUUGUUUGUUUGUUAAUAAAUAUUCAUAUGCAAGA